ACCAAGCAAUAGGAUUUAGCACAGCAAUAGGAACUUUGGACCUUCACAUAGUUGUGCAAUACUUGAAAUUUGUAAGCAAUAAUGCAGUGGUGUGUCAAAUAAAAAAAAAUACGUGAAGUGAAAGUUCAUUACUGUGCAUCAGUCAAUGUUGAUUGACUAACGUUGUUUAAACUAUCCGUAACAGUACUGUGAUACAGUACAAAACGAUCCAAUGGAAACAUGAGUCAGCUUUCAUCACGUUUUUUGAGGGCCAAGUUCUUGCGGAAAUCUUACCGAGUCUAACAUCUUGAUUGUUUUAGGAAGCUACUCAUCUUUAUCAAAGCAACGAAAUAUGGCCCCUACCAAUAACAAAAGAUCCCCCUUACAAGGCGCCGUUUACCACAUUCGAUUGACGAUGAUCAUUCUUUUCCGGGCAUUCGCAUUGCACCGCCAAGGAAAGUUGCCCCAAUUUGAGUUGAAGAUGGAGGUUCCAGAUGCAGGAAAGUUCGACGACCUGGUGUUUCGCUACACAUCGCCAACGAUACCGGAAGGUACUGUCUACAUACAAGCUAAACAUAAAUAUCCAUCCGAAAAGCCAACGAAAUCGAAAAAAAUACAUCCAAACCAUCCGUACACACCAACGCGAAAAGAGCGACCAGCCAUUACGGAAGGAACGCUGCUCACGAAAUGGAACUCCAAUGGGCCAUUUUCAAUUUCAAAGUACUUCAUUUCGUACCUGGAAGGAUAUGAAAGAUCGACCACAGGUUCGCAUACAUACUUGCUGUGCACUAAUGCAACGAUUGACAACAAAUUGAAACCAAAAUUAACAUUACGGCCACAGGACAGCAGCGAGAUACUUUCCUUUUGCGACGCCAUAGGAGCAACGUGUUACAGCUUCAGCCUUGAGGAACAAUUUCAUGCUCUGAGUGAUGCAUUACGGCAAGCAAGCUUAGAAAAGCUAGGACAGAUGCUCGUACUACAUGUUCGUUACGACAAAGAAAUCAAAUCGAAUUAUUCUUCGUUAAACGUAUUCGUCGAUCUGAUUUCUGUGUGUGUCGAGGAACUAGAAGGAGGCACAGGGAAGUUUAAACUAAGCCAACGAUUACUAACUGCAUGUGAGUCAUCACUCUUGGGGAAGUUGCGAGCUGUUCUUAAGAGUCAAUAUGAUAGGCUUAUAAGAGCGAAGCAGUGUGACGAUAGUUGCGUGAACUGGGAAGAGAUGCAAUUCAUGAUCGAUAAGUCCUUCUUUCAAACCAAGGGUCCUCCGACUUCCACGCACGACGAAUCAUUUUUCUACGAUCAGGUGAAUCGGGUUAUACAGAAAUUUUACAAAGAGUUUAUGCUUGUUUGUGGAUCCUUGAACGGGGACCAGCUACACAACAGUGUUCUAGAAAUAAUGCCACACUGGGUCGACGAUAGAAAGACAGCGCAUAACAUUAUGUUCAUGCGACUGUUUGAUUCGAUGAGCUUGUCCCAGCCUAUUUCUAUGGAUUUAAACUAUUUGAAACAACAGUUUAUCAGUAUGAAAGUGAAUUAUAACUUUUCUAGAUUCCAAAUUGAAUCACAGUGUGACCUUAGUCGAUGGCAAUAUAUGUAUCGAUACAUUGUGGUUCGAUCAGAUCGACUUCAACACACUGAACUGUACGAGUUUCUCAGCGAUGAGUCCGCUUAUGAACGUUACCAAUAUUAUACCACAUUGGAUAUCAUAGUGUACUCCCUUGUUGCAUCCCAGACCGUUGCAUUGCUUCAAUGCAAUGCAUUAUUCAUACACUAUGCAGCGAGUGAUUUUGAGGAAGAUAUACGUGAUGUACUCCGUGGUUUAUUUGAGUUCAUUGCAGAAGUAGAUCCAAUCUCUUACACCAUUAUAAUAACCAUUGAUCGGUCGAAGAAAUCGAUAUUGCCAGAAAUUCAAAGAUAUGCCAAAGAAUAUAAGAUAAAGUUUAUAGUAAUCGAAGAAGUACUUGAACCACGCCCGGAUGAAGAUUGUUUUUACGUACGUGAUCUAACCGAAGAGGCAAGACAAAAGCUGUACGCAAAAUAUUGCACAACAACAUUAAAUCUUUUCGGAACCACGAUAUCGCUGAGUGGUAUUGUAAAUGAUGAUGAUGGCUUAAGCUUCGUGUGUAAGUUCUUGUACAAUUAUGAUGAACUAGAUUACAUUAAAUAUAUUGAAUCGAAAGAACAGAACUUUGAAGCAAUCAAGCCAAGGUAUAUUUCGCGCACCGUUGUGCCAUAUGAUGGAGAAAAUGAAAAACAAGUAGAAGAACAGGAGAAUAAUUUUUAUUUCACUUUUUGGGUCGAAUAUCAAACAAUACUCUUGGACAAUACUCUGUUCCAUAGCGAUAAGUUUUCUCAAAUGGUCGCAUCGGUUUCAUCCGCAAAUGAUGAUGUACAAUAUACCAUUCCUGAUGUUUUCAAGCAGCACGAUGAAACGAAAUUUGUGAUAACGAAAGGAACGGCUUCGUGCGAAAACACCUAG